AUGACAGAACCUCUACAGGAAAUACCAAACUUUUCUAAGCUUUCGCCGAGUGUGAUUCGUAUAUUAGGUUUGAAUCCUGGGAAACUUACUUUACAAGGAACAAACACAUAUUUGAUUGGUACAGGACCCGAAAGAAUACUCUUGGAUACAGGCGAAGGUUUACCCGAAUAUCUUUCGCUACUAUCACAAAUUCUAAAGGAACUAGGAGAAAACAUCCGAAUCUCUGAUAUUCUAAUUUCGCACUGGCACAAAGAUCACAUUGGGGGCGUCGAAGGAAUCAUAACCUAUGCCGAGGAAACUCUGCACCAUGCACCACCAACCGUGCACAAAAACCCAGAUCCACAGCACGACUUCGCUUAUCGAUUCCCACUACACCCAAUAACCGACAACCAAAUUUUCAAAACACAAGGAGCAACCUUACGCGCGAUACACACCCCUGGUCAUACUGAAGACCAUACGGCUUUCUAUCUUGAAGAGGAGAACGCGUUGUUCACCGCUGAUUGUGUGUUAGGACAGGGUACUACGAUAUUUAGCGAUCUCAAAACUUAUUUAGAAUCGUUGGAGAAGUUGAUACGCAUUAGUGGUAGUGAUAAGUCGAAUAAUAUGAGAAUUUAUCCGGGGCAUGGGCCUGUUGUCGAGAACGGCGUUAAGAAGUUGGAAGAGUAUAUUUUGCAUCGGAGGCAACGCGAGAAACAGAUAUUGGGUAUUUUUGAGAAUAAUAAUAAUGAUAAUGGCAUAACUCCACGGGAAAUCGUCGAAAUUUUGUACGCCGAUUAUCCAGAGAAAGUGUGGUUAUUUGCUGAACAGAAUGUAAUUUUGCACUUGCGAAAAUUGGAAUGUGAUGGAAAGGUAAUUAGACCUGAUGGUGUGGAAAAUGACGAUUUGGAGAGUUUUCGUGCUUUUAGCAGAAUUAUGGCAGAACUUCAACACAUAAUGUCAUUAUCUAUCCCAUUCCCCUCACCACGUCUAGCAAUAAUAGCAGCACGUGCACUCAGCGUUGACAAAGAACUAAAAAGUGACGAGGUGACGCGUACAAUACACGCUAAAGACGAAAAACUUUUGGUGGAAUUCAAAUGUUCAAGUGUACGAAUGCUUCGAGUAUCAGUAAACUCGUUGAUGGAUAUGGUGAUAAUGGUGACACGUACCAUGGACGUGUUUGAUGGCUGGACACCUGGUAAAUUAGAUCAAUAA